AUGCAAACAAUAAAAGAUAUCACGCAAAACGCAAUCCUGCGCAUCAGCGACGAUAAAACUCUACAGCUCAUCGAACUGUACAAAAAGGAAGAAUGCCUUUGGAACACCCACACUGCCGUCUACAAGAACAGAUUCAAACGUCAGGAAGCUGCCGAGAGGAUUGCAAAGGCUCUCGACAUCAAACACUUCAACGCGCGCCACGUUAUUAUCAAGUUCAAGAAUUUACGUAAUUCGUACUGCCAAGAGCUCAAAAAGAUCGCCGCCACCGCUGCAAACGGUGAGGGGAACACCUACAAGCCGAAAGUGUUCUGGUUCAACACGAUGGACUCGUUCAUCCGCCCCCAUUUGAACCAGACCCGGGAACUGAAGUUGAAAAUGGACAAUCGAACGAGUUCGGUCGGGGACGAUCAAUCCAGUGUGUUCAUAAAGAAGGAACCGGAGGCGGAGAAAUGGGUGCAGAUGACUGAUCCAGAGGACGUGAUCGUUCCCGAUACUAUAAAGGAGGAACCGGAGGCGCAGGAAUGGGUGCAGAUGACUAAUCCAGAGGACGUGAUCGUUCCCGAUACUAGCAAAUCGAGGGAUAAUUUUUCUGGUAGCGAAUAUGAAGAGUCCCUUGAGUGUGGACUUGCAAAGCCUUUGGGGCAUAAUGAAUUUGGGAAAAAGCGGAAAUUUGACGACUUGCACAAUGAAUCUCUUGCUGUUACAUUGAGAGAUAUAAAUACUCAAUUACAUGUGUUGACAAAUCAGCGAGACGACUGUUUCGACAGCUUCGGUAAGUAUAUAUCGUCAAUGCUGAGAAGUAUGCCAAUGCAGAAAGCCCUGGAGUUGCAGCCGAAGAUUGUGGCUUUAAUCACCUCGGUUGGGAUUAGUAAUAACGAAGGUCGGAUCAGCCAGUCUCAUGAGAACUGUAGUUAA